AUGACUCCUGAAUCGAUUCUUGUCUACGGAGCACAACCAAUCUUGGCGAGUUUGAUCCCUGUUGUUACCCAUGAAAUCGGUCAAGCAUGGGGUGUGAAGGCAGAGUUGAAAAAGCUGGAGACUACCUUGACCACCAUUCGAGAUGUACUCAAGGAUGCCGAGAACCAGCAAGUAGAGAAGGAGGCUGUGAAAAACUGGUUGAGGAGGCUCAAAAGUGUUGCUUUUGAUGCAGAUGAUGUGCUUGAUGAGUUCAACUAUGAAGCUUUAAGACGUAAAAUGGAGAUCCAGAACCGAGGAAUGAUGGGAAAGGUACGCAAUAAUUUCUUCUCACGCUCCAACCCAUUUGCGUUUCGUCUUAAAAUGGCCCAUAAGCUUAAGGACAUCAAUGAAGUGUUAGAUGGCAUCAGAAAGGAUGCAAAUGACUUCAACCUUAGAGUACUACCGGAUGAGUACUCAUCAUCAUCAUCCAUGAUGAAGAACAAAACAGAGGACAGGCAAACCACCUCUGUUAUAGAUGAUUCGGAAGUGGUUGGAAGGGCAGAUGACAAAUCAGUACUAGUGAAUAUGCUUGUCAAGAGUACUUGCAAUGAUCAAAUCAUUUCGGUCUUCCCCAUUGUAGGAAUGGGGGGACUUGGGAAGACCACUCUUGCUCAAUUGGUCUUCAACGAUUUGUUGAUUGUGAAUCAUUUUGAUUUAAGAAUGUGGGUAUGUGUUUCUGAACAAUUUGAAGUCCCCAGACUUUUAAAAGAAAUCACAGAAUCAGCUGUUGCUGAUGGAACUAAAUUUGAUGUAUCAAACUUAGAUGUGACAGCACGUAAGCUCCAGGAGAUGUUGAUGGUUAAACGGUUUUUGCUAGUACUAGAUGAUGUUUGGAGCGACGAUCAUGAAAAAUGGGAUAACUUGAUAAAACACUUAAAAUCCGGGAGUGCAGGUAGCAAAAUUAUUGUGACUACACGUAGCAAUAAUGUUGCAAGGAUGAUGAUCCCAAAUCACACUCAUUAUUUGGGAAUAUUAUCAGAAAAAGAAUGUUGGUCUUUGUUUCAUCAAAGAGCAUUUAGAAAUGGAGGGCCACAAGAAACCCCGAACCUGGUGGAAAUUGGAGGGAGAAUUGUAAAAAAGUGUGGAGGAGUGCCUUUAGCAGUGAAGGUCGUAGGAAGCUUAAUGCACUACAAAAUGGAAGAAGGUGAAUGGUUGUCUGUGGAACAAGGUGAAUUUUGGAACUUACCAGAAGAUAGUAGUAGAAGAAUGAUGGGGAUAUUAAAGUUGAGUUACGAUCGUCUGCCAUCAAAUUUGAAACGUUGUUUUGUGUAUUGCUCAGUAUUCCCCAAGAAUUAUGAAUUUGAUAUAAAAAUGUUGAUACAAUUAUGGAUGGCUGAGGGAUUCCUUGGAAGCAAACAAAUGGAGGAUGUCGGCAAUGAAUAUUUCAAUAGCUUAUUAUUGAAUUAUUUCUUUCAAGAUGUGGAGAAGGACGAAUAUGGAGAUAUAGAGAAAUGCAAGAUGCAUGAUCUUGUACACGAUCUUGCACAAGUUAUUGGAAAGCUUGAAUAUUCCACCACGAAGCUCAAUAAUGUGGAAGAUAUUUCUGAUGAAGUUCGUGGUUUGUUACUUUUUUUGGAUGAUGAUGAUGAUGAUGAUGUGUUAGAAGGCCUAGAACCUCAUCCAAACUUGAAAAGUUUUUGGAUCCAAAACUUUGGCGGUGCAAAAUACCCUACAUGGAUGAUGGCAGCAAGUACUACUGGUUUGUCAGCAUACAAAAAUUUGAUUGAGCUCCAACUAGAAAAGUGCAAUGGAUUGGAAUAUGUCCCACCCAUGCUUGGGGAGCUACCCUUUCUUAGGGUUCUUUGGUUAAAUAGAAUGGAAAAGGUCAAAUGUAUUGAUCGGGAGUUCUAUUAUAGCAACACCAACAACAACAGUUUGUUGCCUUCAUUUCCAUCUCUUGAGAAAUUGUGGCUCAACUCAUGCCCUAAGUUGAAAAUCAUGCCAAGUCAAUUCCCUUCCCUCAAAUGCUUGAUGUUUUGGAAUACAAAUAAGAUGGCACUUAUAAGGUCAUUUUCAAGUAAACUUAUCUCUUCUGUCAAGGAUCUUGAAAUUAGAUUUUGUGAAGAACUCAAGUCGGUGCCGGAGAGGUUGCUACAAAACAGUGCACAUGUUCUUGAGAGCAUGGAGUUCUAUAACUGCGACAAGCUUGAAACAAUUUUUCCAAGUAGUCAAGGAGGACGACAAGAGGGAUCAACUCCCUUGCCCACACCCCUAGUCUUUCCGUCUCUUAAAUCAUUGGAAAUAUAUAACUGUCCUCUUUUAAAGUCUUUGCCAGACUUAAGGGGAAUGACUUUUCUUCGAAAGUUGUGUUUGACUGACUUUAAGGAAUUGAAGUCACUACCAGAGGGAUUGCACCGGCUCUCCAUGCUUGAGUUUUUAUACAUUGAGAGAUGGGUGAUUGGGAAUGGCAACACUGCCAAAUUCUGGUAUGAUAAAUGGAUUGGAAGUGAUAGUGUUGAAAAUCUCCUACUUCCUUAUCGCAUUCCAAACAAUCUAUUGGCAACAGUGGCAGACUUUAGAGAAGAUGGAGAUUGGUCACUUCCAACGGUCCAAAACCCCCAAUUACAGCAGAUUUUUGAUAAAAUUGUGGAGAGUGUCAUCUCUUGUACCAACAGAGAUGAUAAGUGGUUCUGGGCUCACACAAGUACUGGGUUUUUCUCGGUAAAAUCUGCCUGGGAAGCCACUAGAGUAAAGGCAGCAAAACCGAGCUGGGUCUUGGAGGUUUGGGAUCGAGAUCUCCUCCCUAGAACAUCCAUUUUUGGCUGGCGAUUAGUGCAUGAUGCUCUCCCAACUGAUCACAAUGUGAGGCGUAAAACUGUUCCUGUAGUUUCUCGAUUUUACCUCUGUUUUGCAGCUUGUGAUUCCAGCUAG